AUGUCCGCCAUCAUCGACGACAAGUCAGAGCACUGCAUUCCCUUCAUCCUCGACCGCAUCAAGGCCCACCGCGCUCUGCAUGGCGAGAAUGCGCGGCCCUUCUUCCUGGGCCUGAAUGGCGUGCAGGGCGCUGGCAAGACGACCCUGGUCACCACCCUCUGCAGCACGCUCCGUUCCCCGCCCUACUCGCUCCCCACCGCCGUCCUCAGCAUCGACGACCUCUACCUGACCCACGACGACCAAAUCGCCCUCGCCUCGACCGACCCGACCAACCCGCUCAUCCAGCACCGCGGCGAGCCCAGCACGCACGACCUCGACCUCGGCCGAUCCGUCUUCGCCUCGCUCUUGCACAAACAGCCGACCAAGAUCCCCGUCUAUGACAAGUCGCGCUUCGCGGGCGCUGGCGACCGCGCGCCGGCCGAGACGUGGGAGGAGGUCAACGCUCCCGGGCAGCCGCCCGUCGAGGUCGUUGUCUUCGAGGGCUGGUGCGUCGGCUUCCGCGCGCUGCCGGACGACGUGCUGGAGGCGCGCUGGGCCGAUGCGAAGAAGCGCGUGGACGCCGGCGAGAGCUACGAUGGCCAGCUGGCGCGCCACGAGCUUGCGCACUUGCGCUUCGUGAACGACAAGCUGCGCGAGUACGACGCGCUGACUGACAUGCUUGACGCCUUUGUGCAUAUCGAUGCCGAGAACACGCAGUACGUCUACGACUGGCGCCUGCAGCAGGAAGCUGCUAUGCGCGCUGCCAAGGGUACUGGCAUGACGGAUGCGCAGGUCAUGAACUUCGUGAACGGCUACUAUCCCGCGUACGAGCUCUAUACUGAGACUCUCCGUUCCGGCAUUUUCAAGGGCGAAAAGGGCAAGCAGCUCCGUCUCGUCGUUGGCAAGGACCGUCGCGUCAAGUCCGUCCAGAAGCUGUAG